AUGUCAAUCCUAUCGCUAGGAAAAGAAAGGAUUUCAAGACUCAGAGCAAGCUUGAGCCAGUCUCCGGCAAGGAGGCUUUUGAUUGUUGACUCGGAAUUGGGAGAAAGAAAAGGAGAAAUCAUACAGAAAUUUCAAAAGCAUACAAGUCUUAAACCUCAAGAUGACGAGUUGUCUGACGUUUCUCAGGUUUUGUACAAGCUCGAGGUUGAGAUUUUUGUCGGAGUUUUGUGUUCGACAUACUGGAAAACGCAAGGUCUCAAUAGCCAGUUCUUACAGCUGCUAAAAAGGUAUGAUGUUUUUAAGAUGAGGCGAGAAUGCGGGAUCGUGGAACCAUACGUGUUUAUGCUUACGAGCGGUGAAGCUUGCUGGACGAUGUUUGAUAAAAACUUUGAGAAUUUUGAGACACUUCCGAGAAUUCCCUCUGACGUUUGCUUCUAUCUAAGUGAUAAAGAAACAGUUUGUGCGGGAACACAUUUGAUGGUCAUUGGAAGAGAGCUGGGAGGCAUGGCAGUGUGGCGUUACGAGCUAGGGAUGCAUGAGUGGGUAAAAGGUCCUUCAAUGAUCACACCUCGUUGCAUGUACGCUUCGGCGAGCUGUGGGUUCGAUGCUUAUUUUGCCGGUGGUCUAAAAGUAAAUGGAAAUCGGUAUCCCGAGGUUUUGAGAAGUGUGGAGAAGUACAAUGCUCAGACCAAAACCUGGUCAACGAUUCCGGAGAUGCAUAAGAGAAGAAAAUUCAGCUCAGGAUGUUUCUUGCGCGGCAAGUUUUAUGUGAUCGGCGGUAGAAAUGAGUAUAAUGAAUACCUAACUUGUGGAGAACGCUACGAUGAGGUGACAAAUUCUUGGACGCUCGUCCCAGACAUGCUUGGAAGCAUGACGUUCAUGCCUUCCCAGUCGCCUCCCCUCAUCGCAGUGGCCAACAACAACCUUUACUCGCUUGAAGCAUACUCAAACGAGCUGAGGGUUUAUGAUGUAAACGCAAACAGUUGGAAGAUACUUGGUGUUGCACCUGUGAUAUCAAAUGCGGGCUUAGGUUGGGGCGUGGCGUUUAAGUCAAUUGGAGAUAGGCUUUUGUUGAUUGGAAACUCGUCUCCUCAUUCUUCGUGUGCAAAAAUGAGAGCUUUCACAUGCCGUCGUCCGUCUCCAGACGUGGAAGAGCUAGUUUGGGAAGAGCUAAAUACCAACUAUGGCAAUGUUCAGUUCGACCAUUUCAUUCGUAAUUGUUGUGUUAUGUUUGCUUAG